AUGGCCAAUCCAGUGGGAGAGGAAAGUUGGCUCUCGUACUUGGAGGAGGCGACGCGCGACGCCACUGAUCUGGAGCAAAGCGUCAAUAUAGUCGAACUAUACAAAAAGGCCACGACUGCAGAGCCUGGUAGUCUGAAAACGUGGCUGGCUUACUGCCAUUACUUCUCAUCUCUUCGCGCCGCCAGCGCCAGUGCCGAGACUGCAUGGUCCGACGAGGAAAAAGAUAUAGGACAAGAGGUUUUCUCACUCAGAGCGGAACUCAAUCUGUGGCAGCAAGGGUACGAGGCCAUCAAAUACCGCGUUGGCGACAGCCAUCUCUUGUGGGACAAAUGGAUAGCCAUCGAGCAAGACAAUUUAGCCACCAACAAACGGCCCGAAACAGUCACGAGAAUCGCGAACGAGUACAAACGUCGCCUCGCAACUCCACAUAUCACAUGGGAACUGACUUCACAAUCCUUCUCCAGCUUUCUCUCCGAGCACGACAAGAGCGCAUGGGAAAGUUCAAUGAAAGAAGUCACGUCAAGUGCUCAAAAGAUCAAAGCCAUUAUUACGGCGCGAGAUCCCUUCGAAAUGCAAAUCAAUAAAUCAGUUAGGCAAGGCGACUUGGACUCGCAGCGAAAGGUUAUGAUGGAAUAUCUGGCAUGGGAGACCACGCAAAGCUGGAAAGACCAGGACGACCCACAGCUCGCGGCGGAUAUCUGCUCUGCUCUCCACGAUAGAGCCCUCUCGGGGAUAUUCGCAUUUGACGAACCAGUUUGGUAUGGUUAUAUAUCGUUCCUAUCAGCACGUCCUCAACUUCACCCUCUCGAAAAGCUGUUUGAUGCUACGCGCCGCGCCGUUCACCAUUGCCCAUCUUCAGGCCGCCUUUGGGCCAGAUACAUUCUUUGCGCGGAAGAGGUCCAACUUUCAUUUGAAGAGAUCGAGUCGAUCAAAGCCCUCGCCGCCAAGCAAGAACAAUUAUGCUCCAAUGGCAUGGAUAACAUCAUUGAGAUGUAUCAAUCGUGGUGUGGAUAUGUCAAACGAUCCGUCAUGAUUGCCACUAAUGGAGAUGAAAUCGUGGACGUGGCCGAUGCUGCCAUUGCGUCCUGCCUUGACGACGUCAGAGCAAGAGGAAGCAAGUUAUACGGUAAAGAUUACCAAGGCGACCCGAAGCUCAGGCUGGAGAGAAUAUACCUGCAAUUCCUCACCGAAGUGAAGGAUGCUGUGCCUCAAGCUAGAGCAUUGUGGAAGAAGCUGGCCAAUGUGAAGCUGUAUGCAGACACGUACGAAUUCUGGACACGAUAUUAUACAUGGGAAAUGUCUGUAUUUUGGUCCGAGCUUCAACAGAACCAAGGGCCUUCGUCAAUACCAUCAGAUCGCAUUCCAUCGCUUGCCACCGAAGUAUUACACAAGGCAUCGCUACGACGCAGCAUUGACUGGCCUGAGAAGGUCCUUGAGCUAUACAUGCAACACUGCAAUGACUACGAAUCUCCCGUAUCGCUGCGCAAAUGCCUUGAUAGUGUGUUUAGGGCCGAGAAGGGUGUCAAGAAGCGUCGUGAGCGCGAGCAGCAAGAGCAGGUUGCUGCAUAUGCCGCCUAUUACUCUUCGGCAGUACAAGAGGUGCAUGGCCCUGCUGGCGAAGACGCGCACACUGUGAACAAAAGGAAGCAUGACUCGACAAACGACGACGAAUCUGGGCAAGUAUCGGCGAAGCGCCAAAAGAGCAUGCAAGACGACGAUGCAGACUCAACCACAUAUCAGACUGUCAAGCGCGACCGCGAGAACUCUACAAUAAUCAUCUUCAAUUUGCCACCUGAUGCUACGCAGAGUAAAGUUCGACAAUAUUUCAGGGAUUAUGGGCAUGUCAAAAACUUUACUGCCUUUGUGAAAGAGGAAGACGGCAAUUCGAUCACUGCCUUGGUUGAAUUGACAUCGUCGUCUGAAGCUGAGUCCGCCCUUCUUCGCGAUCAAAAAUACUUCGGGGAGCACCAGAUACAAGUUAAGUCUGGCCAUGAUCUAACAGUUUAUGUGGCCAACUAUCCCCCAGCCGCGGACGAGAAAUAUGUACGUGAGCUGUUCCAAGACUGUGGCGAUAUUUUGAGCAUUAGAUGGCCUAGCCUGAAAGUGAAUGCGCACCGCCGCUUCUGCUACGUCUCUUUUCGUGACCAAGCCUCCGCAGCCAACGCGGUGGGGAAGGAAGGAAAGCUUCUCGAGGGCAAGUACAAGUUAUUGUCUAAACUGUCUAAUCCUGAUCACAAAAAGAGACGCGAAGGUGCUGUCGCAGAAGGUCGCGAAGUGCACGUGGCGAAUUUGGACAAUGCUGUCGUUGAAUCAGACAUAAGGGACAUCUUUUCCAAGUUUGGAAACGUCACCAGAGUUAACAUACCGCGAGGGCUUUCAGGCAAACACCGCGGCUUCUGCUUCCUCGACUUCGAGACGAAAGAGCAAGCCGAGAAAGCUGUGUCUGAGCUGAACAACACCAAGUUUCGCCGUCAAAUAUUGCAAGUUUCCCUGUCCAAAGUAUCUAAAGUCAAGACAACCGCAAAGAAUGUUGGCGCAGCGGCCGUGGACACCAAUGGAGACACUCCUAUGAACACCAACGUGGUAGAGAAGAAGGAUAACGCUACCGCUGCUGAAGAUUUCAGCGCUCGUACCAUUGCCCUACUUGGCCUGCCUGACACCAUCAAUGACGCCAGAGUCCAGAAGCUUGUUGAGCCAUUUGGUCCUCUUGUUCGACUAGUAAUGCAGCCGAUGCAUGGUGGUGCCAUCAUCGAAUUUGCAGAUGCAGCUAGUGCUGGAAAGGCAGCUCUUCAACUCCACAGCAUGGAGUAUGAGGGCUACAAGCUGCGCACGGGAUCGCCAGACCAGCUCCGACACGCCAGAGCAGAGCGUGGCGAUGGUCAAACUGCAGCAAAGCUAAAGGACAAAGAAACUGCAAACGGUGACAUUGGCAAUAUGAACUCAAUCAACAGUGGCUUCAUGCCUGCGCCCAGUGGAUUACGCCGUCCCAGGACGGCUCGAUCGGGUCCCAAGCGUGGGUUGGGUUUCGGACCGUGGAAGGCGGUUGGGAGCAGCACUGAGGCCGCUUCAAAAAGUUCGUCGACACCCGAACCAAAAAAGAGCAAUGCCGAUUUUAAGGCCAUGUUCAUUGCCGGUGUCGGCAAGAACGGCGGCGAGAAUGGAAGUGUGACAUAG